CAUGAGUCACCCUACCCGCCUGUGAUUGGAUGGUAGUUUAUGGGUGAGGGAGGGGAAGAGAGCCUUAGGGGCCGUCUGUCAAUCUUUCCUCCGCUCCAUUCACACAUUCAUCUGCAUGCACCGUCAUAGGGGAGACAGAGGAAGUGAGCGAGAGCCUCUCAUUCAUAAAAAAAAAAAAAGAGAAAAGUUCAUUCAUAAAAGCUGCUGUGCCUCAGAAAGAAAAAGACAGAGGGGAGGAAAGUUGAUGUGGAGGUGAAGCAGACCUGGAAGCCGGGCUACUGACUGAGAAAGUGUAUGGGUCAUUAUGAUGGGACUGUGCUCAGCGUGACUGGAGCGGAGCAGACUGGACUUUAGACUACACAGGACAUCCCCAGUCCCACACUGGAUUUCCUUUUCUCUUUUCUACUUUGUCCCAGUGCUGUCCUUUGUCCAGUUCCCUGAUUAUGAGAGAGCAAACCAUACCCAGGUUCAAAUCACAGAAAGGACUCUUACCAGGCAUGCUGAAGCGCACCAAAUACAGCCGUCUGCGCAACGAUUCGCUGACGUCUCUGGAGGAUCAGCCCCUGAAGAGCGACCUUUGCACAGACUUAGAUUUUGCCCAGCUGAAUCCGGGGACGCAUUCACACCACGGGCCGUCCACCCUGAGGGACUUCAUCCCCCGUGUGGCCAACAUCCGACUGCAAAGUCCUAUUUCCCUGAGGGGCCUGAGGGGACAAACAGCUCAGGAUAGAACCACUGACACUGACGGACCUUUGUCCAGAGCAGAGUGGGGCUCAGGGCCUAACCAGAGAUUUUGUAGCCAACCCUCCCUCAGUGUGCCCCCAUCCACCAGCCAGAACCCAACUCACUCGGCUCUGCGCUGCACAAAAAGACCCAUCACCCUGCACCGGAUGGCCAGCCUCCCCUGGACCCCCGACUGUCCUCCCUGCUCACAAGACAGAGACAGUCUGUGCCGUCUGAAGCCUUCAUCUGCAGCAGAUGAUUGUACAGCAAACAGAGCGGUUCACCAUCACAUCAAGUACAUGGGCAGUGUGGAGGUGACCCAGUCCAUGAGAACCCUCGACUUUGAUACGAGAAUGAAAGUCACACGAGAGGCAAUCAGCAGACUGUGUGAGAGGACUUCAGCCAAGACAGCAGUGAAAACUAAAAGGCCUGUAUGCAAGGGACUGUCUGCUGUUCUGGGUCAAAUCAACCUCCAGUUUUCGGGGAGCAGGAUCAUCCUCACUGUCUCCACAGACAGUGUGACUCUGAUCGCUGCCUCCUCCUUACAGAAGAUUGCACACCACCCCAUGCAGACCAUUUCAUUUGCCUCAGGAGGAGACCCAGAAAUGGCAGAUUACAUUGCUUAUGUUGCCAAGGAUCACAACAAUCAGAGAGCAUGUCACAUCCUGGAGUGUCCUCAGGGUCGAGCCAGUGAGGUGAUCAACAGCAUCGGUCAGGCAUUUGAGACUCGUUUCCGCCAACUCCUCAGCCACACACCAUCGCUCCUCUCCACCAAUCCCAGGUCAGCAGUGAGGAUCUGUCACAAAUGGAGCCCAGAGGAGACGAUAACAAAUCGAAAGGCCAAGCAGGAAGUUGAAGUUAGUGAGCAACAUGACUACUAUAAUGUGAUCCCAGGAAAGACGCCACCCGCUGGUGGAAUAAAGGACCUGCGGAUCACAAGGGAGGAGAGCAAACAGGAUGCUGACGUACAGAGGGUUUGUUCGUCUCAGCCUGUUUCACUGUAUGAGAACUGCUCCGUCGCAGAAGAAACUCCAGCUCCACCUGCAGACUCAGUGGUAUCUGAGGACGUUGCUGAACAGAGUACUCCACUCUCUGAGACACUGAUCCGGGAGGAAGGCUGGUUCCACGGCAGGUUAGGAAGGGAGCAGGCGGAGUCACUUCUCACCUGCAGUGGAGAUUUCCUGGUCAGAGAGAGCAGCUCUGCCUCUGGUCAGUACGUUCUCAGCGGGAUGGAAGGAGCCACUGUGCGGCAUCUACUGCUGGUGGAUCCACAUGGACAGGUGCGGACCCGUGAUCAGGUGUUUCUGAGCGUUGGUCACCUGGUGCGUUUUCACAUGGAGAACCAGAUGCCCAUCAUUUCUGGAAGCAGCGAACUGUGUCUGAAAGAGCCAAUCCUGCAAAGACACUAGCACACACAUUCAUCGACUGUCACAUGCAUACAUUACUCUUCAGCAGCGGCUCUCAACAAUUUUGAAGCUGAGCGACAAUGUGCCCAAGCAAAACAUGUUUAAACUAUAGAACACUUUAAAUCAACCUGUCAAUGUGUGAGACUUCACUUCCCAGAGUAUUUUAUCAUUUGUUCAUUAUAGUACAUGUAUUUCAUAUGUGCGAUGAAUUGUUUGACUCUCUAACCAUUUGAGUAAACUCGUACACUUUUGCCCGCCGUGCCUCGCCCUGUGCUGAGAACAGACCUGCAGAACAUCCUGUCUCUUUCUCUAAGGCUAAAUUCGCUGGUGUUUACUUAAAGUCCAAGCACAAUCACUGGUGUUGGGAGGAAAACAGGAAUGUUAGCAGACUUUCAGAAUAUUUUUCUGACAUGCUUAAUUUGUCUUGUGUUCAUUAGUUUUGAUCUGUUAUUGCUUUGUGUUCCUAUUUCCUAUGCUUGACUUUUGAAAAUAACUUUUCAUCCCACUUGUUUGUUACAUUCUAGAUAAAGAAGUCGACUGCUCUUUGUAAGCAGAAUCUGCAGAAACAGAUUUGCAGUUUAGCCUCAGAUAAGCUAGCAAAUAUGCAAAUAGAAUUGUUUUUGUUCCCCAUAAAGUGUAAAUAAAUACAUCUUCAUUUCUUUUACAGAAUGAAUUACUGGACUUUGCAAUUUCUUUCUUGUUAAUCUU